CUGCUCACAGACCUCCAGCACUACAGCGCUCACCUCUGCUGCUGUUUCUUUAUUUUGUUCGUUUUCUUUCAUCUCUGGGACGUCUCGCCCCGCCUCCCCCGUCCUGUCCAGGUGACAGCUGUCUCCCCCGGCUCCUCAGCGUCACUCAGCAUCAUGGAGAGUCUGGAGAAGCAGCUCAUCUGUCCCAUCUGUCUGGAGAUGUUCACCAAGCCGGUGGUCAUCCUACCCUGCCAACACAACCUCUGCCGCAAGUGUGCCAAUGACGUCUUCCAGGCUUCCAAUCCUUACCUGUCGACGAGGAGCGGCUCCACAGUGACGUCUGGCGGUCGUUUCCGCUGCCCUUCCUGUCGACAUGAGGUGGUCCUGGACCGACACGGAGUUUACGGACUGCAGAGGAACCUGCUCGUGGAGAACAUCAUCGAUAUGUAUAAACAGGGCAGCACCAGUAAACCGUCCCCGGAGCCGAAGCAGGAGCAGCCAGUGUGUGAAGAGCAUGAAGACGAGAAGCUCAACAUCUACUGCGUCACCUGCAGCGUCCCCACCUGUUCCCUCUGUAAGGUGUUCGGAGCUCACAAGGACUGUGAGGUGGCCCCGCUCAACAGUGUCUUCACCAAACAGAAGGCAGAGUUGACCGACUGUAUCUCCAUGCUUGUUGGGAACAAUGAGAGGAUUCAGGCGAUCAUCAAUCAGCUGGAGGAAACCUGCAGAGCCGUCAAUGAGAAUGGCAGCAGACAGAAGUCGAAGGUGUGUGAGACGUUCGAUCACCUGUUUGCCCUCCUGGAGGAGAAGAAAGGUGACAUGACUCUGAGGAUCAACUCUGAACAGGAAGAGAAACUGGACUACAUCCGAGGUCUGAGGAGGAAGUACAGCGAACACAUGGACAACACCGCCAAGCUGCUGGAGACCGCCAUCCAGACCAUGGAUGAGUCCAAGAUGGCCGUGUUCCUGCAGGCGGCCAAACCUCUGCUACAGAGGAUCGUGGAGGGCACCAACAUGUCUCACCUGGACAAACUCCAACAUGGCUACGAGAACAUGGAGCACUUCACAACCAACUUUGAGCGUCAGAGGCAGGCUCUAGCCAACGUCGACUUUAUCAAAGAAGAGGAAGACGAUGACGACGAUGACGAUGAAGAUGAGGUGGACAUCACAGCGACAUCAGCAGGAAUUCGAGCUGAGUCCCAGACACAUGCGGCACCUGCAACAGCAGCAACCAAUCAGCAGCCUCCUCUGUCACCUGUUCAGCCUGCAGGUGGCCAGCUCCCUCAGACACUCUCAGAGGCCACGCCCACAGUGACCUCACACAGUGAAAGUCUUGACCCCUCACCACCCACUCAGACCCCGCCCCCUCUGUCCCUUCCCACCGCUAGCCCCGCCCCCCAGGUUCAGUCUGAUCAGCAGAACGAGUCAGAGGACAAAGACGGACCCAAACACGUCUUCUCCUUCAGCUGGCUCAACCAGAAAUAAAACCAGUAUAACCAGUGAUACCAAUCCAGGGUCUGGAUCAGUCUGACCUUGUCUGUUUCUCUGCAGAACUCCAGUGUACUUUUACAUGAUUUUACAUUCUUACGUUGAUACUGCAGAAACAUGCAGAGACCUUUUACUGAAGCUGUGUUCAUUUUGCUCAUGUUAAAUAAUGGAGAGAAUUUUGUUUUGAAUAUGCCAAAAAUAAAUAUUUCUUUUGCUGUGACGUCCUCUCCAUGGAUCUCAUAUUCUCCAAGGACACUUUUGGAAGCUGGAAUUUGGUGUAAAUUCAGCGUGUCCAGUGUGCAGUGUUCAUUUGAAGAUAUUUUCUGAAUCAGUGGUAUUUUUGAAAAUUCGGCACAUCUGACACACUGAACACAUUUCAUUUGUUCCAUACAGACCAGAGUUUCUCAGCGUUGUGUGAUUACUGUGACGUUUCUGUGUGUGGCUUCCACGUGAAUGAAUGAGGUUAACGUGAGGU